CACAUCCGAAUCAUAAUAAAACGUAAUAAAAUGAAAAUACGAUAAUUGACUGCAGAGAAAAACGCAAAUUUAACCAAAUUUUCACGCAAAUUAACGCCCAAAAUGGCAUCCAACACAGUUUCCACGAACAAUGGCAUAAAAAUUGGCAAUUAUUAUCUCGGACCAACUCUCGGCAUUGGCACAUUUGGCAAAGUAAAAAUUGGAACACAUCAACUCACAGGACACAAGGUCGCUAUAAAGAUUUUGAACCGACAAAAGAUCAAGAGUUUGGAUGUCGUUGGAAAGAUUCGACGAGAAAUUCAGAAUUUGAAACUCUUCCGGCAUCCGCACAUUAUCAAGUUGUAUCAAGUCAUUUCCACGCCGACGGAUAUUUUCAUGAUUAUGGAAUAUGUAAGCGGCGGCGAAUUAUUCGAUUACAUCGUAAAACACGGAAAAUUGCAAGAACACGAAGCUCGCAGAUUUUUCCAACAAAUUAUCUCAGGCGUCGACUACUGUCAUCGUCACAUGAUCGUACAUCGAGAUUUGAAACCCGAGAAUUUGCUGCUUGAUCAAAACAUGUACGUAAAAAUUGCCGACUUUGGUCUCUCAAACAUGAUGAUGGAUGGCGAAUUUUUGCGAACUUCUUGCGGAUCGCCCAAUUACGCAGCGCCCGAAGUCAUUUCCGGCAAAUUAUAUGCCGGACCUGAAGUCGAUAUUUGGUCUUGCGGCGUAAUUUUGUACGCUUUGCUGUGCGGAACGUUGCCUUUCGACGACGAACACGUGCCAACGCUCUUCCGCAAAAUCAAAUCUGGCGUUUUUCCCAUUCCCGAAUACUUGAAGAAGGAUGUCGUGAGUCUUUUGUGUCAAAUGUUGCAAGUAGACCCCUUGAAACGUGCCACAAUCGAGGAAAUUAAGAAGCACGAGUGGUUCCAAAAGGAUUUGCCGUCGUAUUUGUUCCCGUCGCCCGUCGAGCAUGACAGUAGCGUUAUCGACACAGCCGCUGUCGAAGAAGUUUGCGAGAAAUUUAACGUAAAACCUGUCGAAGUGCAUGGCGCUUUGCUCAGCGGCGAUCCACAUGAUCAACUUACCAUCGCGUAUCACUUGAUUGUCGACAACAAACGCAUUGACGAGGCAGCAAAAGCGGAAAUUAAGGAUUUUUACGUCGCGGGAAGCCCGCCGGCGAACAUUCCGCAACAAACUGUCGUCGAAAAAUCCGAGGGGAAAGAAAAUUCCUUCAAACCGCAUCCAGAACGCAUCGCGCCGCUUCGUGAACGAGGCUUGGCAACGUCAACCACGGCAACUGCGACGAUCGAACGUCAUCGCGGAACGCCCAUUAAACGCGCAAAAUGGCAUUUGGGCAUCCGUUCGCAGAGCAAACCGAACGACAUCAUGCUCGAAGUUUAUCGUGCCAUGAAAGCGCUCGACUUUGAAUGGAAAAUUGUCAACCCGUAUCACGUUCACGUGCGAAAACUCAACAAACGGCUCGAACAUUACGUCAAAAUGUCGCUGCAAUUGUAUCAAGUCGAUGCGAAGAGCUAUUUACUGGAUUUUAAGUCAUUGACGAAUGACGAGGCGGAACAAAGUGACGACGUGAUUUUGGAUAGUUUGACGCCGCCUACAAGCGGAUCGAUGUCGGGCAUUAAUUUGAUGCAACAACAACCCGGGCAUCAUACCAUGGAGUUCUUUGAGAUGUGUGCCGCACUAAUUAUUCAACUUGCACGCUAAAUUUAAACAUUUCGGAACGAGUAUUCUUGUUAAUUUUAUGUAGAAAGGCUUAUAUUUUAUCACUUGAAUUAGAUUUUUAUGUCUUGAAACAAUCUCGUGUUUUGAUGAUUUUCCGAAGAUCAUUGGAGCUUUAUGGUGUUUUGAAUAAAUAAAAAUGUUUAA